GCGGACGAUAUUGUCUUACUGUGCGAUAAUGCCAAGGCAUGCAAUCCGCACUUAAUCAGUUGGCAAUCAGUGUCCGUAGGUAUGGUAUGUGCUUUGCACCUUCGAAGUGCAAAGUACUCCUACAAGACUGGCAGGAUUCCAAUCCUGUACUCACCCUGGAUGGUGAGCAGAUAGGCGUAGUCGAGAAGUUCGUGUAUCUGGGUAGCUGCAUAAGUGCUGGUGGGGGUGUGAGUGAUGAGAUCAAUGCACGUAUAGUGAAAGCCAGAGCGGCUUAUGCCAGUCUGGGCCAUCUAUGGCGCCUUCGUGAUGUUAGUCUGGCCGUAAAAGGUGGGAUCUACAACGCGUUGGUGAGAGCAGUUUUGCUCUAUGCUUGUGAAACCGGGCCUCUCCGAGUUGAGGACGUUAGACGACUCUCUGUGUUCGAUCAUCGCUGUCUCCGAAGGAUUGCUGACAUUCAGUGGCAACAACAUGUCAGUAAUGCAGAGGUUCGGCAUCGUGUGUUCGGGCACAGAGAUGAUAAUUCAAUUGGUGUCACCAUCUUGAAACACCGACUUCGGUGGCUUGGACAUGUUCUCCGAAUGUCGUCCCAGAGGAUUCCACGUCGUGCAUUAUUUGCCGACUCUGGGACUGGUUGGAAGAAGCGGAGAGGUGGUCAGUGUAUGACAUGGUGUCGUGGCAUGAAAGAAAGCUGCAAAGGACUGGCUUGUGUUGGUUCUUCACGACUCCCUGGUUGGGGUCUGAGAGAUGGUGCUACACAGUGGCUAGAGACGUUAUCAGAUAUGGCUCAGAAUAGAAGCCAGUGGCGAUCCUGCUGUAACCUUCUUUUACUUUCUUCAUAAAAAGUGGUUGUGUCUCCCUUACCUGAAAGAUUUCUUCCGAUUGUACCUUUGCGUUCCCUGAUUACUAGCACAUUACCUUACACCAAUCUCUUCGUUAUUGUUCUCUCUUUUUUUGUUGCGCUCCUUAGCUUUUUUUUUCUUUCUUUGUAUUCCUCUCGAAUUUUCAUUGUUUUGUGUGGCGCAUAUAUAUUGGCGCUCUCUUGUACCAAUAUUCAUGUGUCCAAAUAAAUAAAUAAAUAAAUACGAUUGUUGCACCAUUAUUACUUAGUCUACAUGUACGGUUUGAUAAUAGGAGGAUCGCAAUACCACUGCAUGAAAUUUGUGUUUUUCUCAGCUAUAUAAGUUCCAUGGCGGGAGUAUGCGCGGUAAGGAACACAUGCAUCCGGGAAAUAAUAAGGUCACGGAUUGGCUGGAUGUACGCUUAAUCUCUAUUUUCUCAGUCAAUCAUAACUAAAGUAGGACCUGUUACCAUACCUUCUUCAGUUCAAGUUGGCCUACCGUAUAUGCACAAUGAGACAAAAUUAUCAAAACAAAAGCCAGAGUGAUAGUAAUAGCAGCGGUAAUAGAACAUAUUAGGCACUGGCAAUAUGACUUGAGGAGGUAAUCGAUUUACGUACAAAAAGUAUGAGAUAGUUUUCAAACUCAGGAUCUAAGGAACGACGGAAAAUCAAUGUAUUUAUGCCACUGUUAAUGUUUAUGACCAAUGUCACUCAAAGUCUCAGGGAACUAAUAGAGUUUAUCUCCCAGACCACGCCUAAAGGUCCUGCAUCUCUAAUAAUACUUUUCAACAACCAAUGGGCUGAUGCCACGUUUUGGUUUGACCAUCCUUAGCUUUCUAACGUACUCCUACACCAGCCUUCAUCGCACAUCGAGGUAGACAGUGGUUGAGCAUACGCAAUGCAUACUUACUACAUCGUCAACUGACUUGCCAUUUUUACCCAAUACCCUGCAUCUAACUUCAACGUUGCUCACUUGUUGGUCCUAAAAUACACGAACAAUGCUUCAAAGAUAUCUGAUCAAAUUUUAGUAACCUACGCAUAUCGUCUCUUCUAACGACUGUGUUUCGCAUUCAUAUAAUAGAACAACGAACUGCUAUAUGGGAAACUUGUCCUUUGGUUGAUACAUGGACAUCUCGCCUACACCACAAGUGAUGUAAGUUGGUAAAGACUCAUCGGGAUUUCCGAAUCCAUCCCAAGAUCUCAUGAGAUAUGAAUCCACCAAGGAUGAUAGAACUUACAAGUUGAGUAGUGAUCGACUUUCUGUCAUUACUUCGGGCGUUGAUGCAAGUCACUUCUGAAGCACCGUUUGCAACCCAAAUAUACUUACAGUGCAGCUCAAGGCGAUCAGAGAGCUGCACUUGGUCAGCUUCAGCAAACAAGAUUAUAUCAUCUGUAUAUUUCAAGUCAAUAAUAGGGUCUGCUGGUGGAUCAAUUUCUGAAAGGUUAGAUGCCGACAGCAUCAAUUCUAAAACAAACGGUCAUAAGGCUGAGGUCAGGGCCAUUUAUUG